UCUGAUUCAGGAUACACUCAACUGGUUUAAAAGAGCAGUUUCCCAGAUUUCUCCUUGGAGCUGUUACUGACUACGGUGCAGCAAGCAAGAGCAAGAAGAAAGCGCUACCUGUGAGCCAAUGCCUGGUUCCUUCCCACCCUGUGUGGCCUUCACACGGCUGUGGCUGACUCUACUGGUUGUGAUCCCUGUCAAUGGACAACAUGAAGCUGCACUGCAGUCUGUGAUUUCACUUGAGCCUCCAUGGACCACUUUCUUUCAAGGAGAGGCCGUCACACUGACUUGUCGUAGAUAUGGCUUCUCCUUACCCCAGAAGACAAAAUGGUACCAGAAAAGAAAAACACUGAAGCCAACCCAAGAAACUUCUGCCUUACAGAUCCGUGAUUCCGGAGAGUAUUGGUGCCAAGCCGACAGCUUGCUCCCAAGCAUGCACGUGAACUUGGUCUUUCUCAAAGCUUCCCUGGUGCUGCAAGCUCCACCUGCUGUGUUCGAAGGAGACUCUGUGGUUCUGAGGUGCCACACAGAAGAAAGCGUAAAACCAGAGACCCUGACAUUUUACAAGAAUGGUCUGCCAUUACCUCAUCAAAGUUCUGAGCUCCAUAUUACCCGUGCAAAUCUGAAGGACAACGGUCAAUACGAAUGCACUAAGAAGAAUUGGUUUCGGACACUCACCUAUUCCAAUAAGGUCCGCAUUCAAGUUCAAGAGUUGUUCCCACGUCCUGUGAUGAUGGCCAGACCCUCCCAGCCCAUAGAUGGAAGUCCAGUGACCCUGGCCUGUCAGACCCAGCUCGCUGCACAGAGGUCAAAUGCCCAGCUCCAGUUCUGUUUCUUCAGAAACCUCCAGGCUCUGGGGUCAGGCUGCAGCAAGUCCUCAGAGUUUCAUGUUUCUGCCAUAUGGGCUGAAGAGUCAAAGUGGUAUCAGUGCAAGGCAGAAAGAAUGAAUUCCCAAGUUGGAAAGGGAAGCAGAGCGUUCACAGUUCCAGUGCAGGGAGCUCUUGCGGACUUCCAAACACACAUCGUCCCAGCCUCAAAGGUGGUGUUUGAAGGGCAGUUGCUGUUACUCAACUGCUCAGUAAAAGGAGUCCCAGGGCCUCUCAAAUUCUCCUGGUACAAAAGGGACAUGCUGAAUAAAGAAACCAAGAUUCCUAAGUCCUCGGAAGCAGAAUUCAAGAUCUCUGAGGUGAACAGCAGUGAUGCAGGGGAGUAUUUCUGUGAGGUUAACAACAGCCGCCGAAGCUUUGUCAGCAGGGCAGUUCCCAUCACCAUAAAAGUCCCAGUAUCUCAGCCAGUUCUCACCCUAAGCGCUGGCAAGACCCAGGCCUUGGAGGGAGAGUGGAUGACACUUCAUUGUCAAUCCCAGAGGGGUUCUCCAUGUAUCCUGUAUGAGUUCUACUAUGAGAAUGUCUCCCUGGGGAAUAGCUCUAUACUCUCCGGAGGAGGAGCAUCCUUCAAUUUCUCUAUGAGCACAGAGCGAUCUGGAAACUACUCCUGCACAGCAGAUAAUGGCCUGGGAGCCCAGCGCAGUGAGGCUUUAUGGAUCUCUGUCUUUGCUCCUCCAGACACGGCCAAGAACAGAAGAAGUGUUCCUGUGGUGGCCGGAAUCACUGUGGGACUGCUCAUCAUGGCUGUUGGAGUGUUUCUGUUUUAUUGCUGGUUCUCUAGAAAAGCAGGGGGAAAGCCUGCCUCUGAUGACUCCAGGAGUCCUUCAGAUUCAGAAUCCCAGGAGCCUACCUACUACAACAUACCUGCCUAUAUAGAACUGCAGCCAGUGUACAGCAAUGUAGACCCAAAAGAAGACGUGAUUUACACAGAAGUACGGAGAACUCAACGAAGACAGAAACAUGCAGUUCAGGAGUCUGAAAGCCCAAGAUCAAGGAACCAGACUGCUGAGAAAAAGUAGGACAUGUCUCCUCCAAG